CUCUUUUUGAAAUAAAAGUCUUAUUAGUCUUCUUUGGAUAGUCAAAGUAUGUCAUAGAGUUGACAAACAAGUUCUGGAGUUGAAGAUUAUAUCGAGUACUUGAAAAUCUUCAACGAUUUCCAUGGGCAGAGAAGGGCCAUGUAAUCAUUGUGGCAUAACAUGCAUGAAUUAGAUACUCCACUAUGGAGGAUGGGACCGCCAGAGAAACCAGUUCUAUGCAAUGCAUGUGGAUCGAGAUGGAGAUUAAAGGGAAACCUCAAUGGUUAUGUUCCUAAACAUGCAAUGAGAGAUACUCCAAGUGAUCGUCACACACUAUCUUUUGAGAUGAAGUAUCAACACAGGAUAAUCAACUCUCACCAAAAUGUGAAACCAGAAGGAAGUGAUAUGUCAUCCACUUCUCCUAAGGAGGAUCAAUUUGGCACUUCAAGCUCUGAAUCUUCAAUACCAACCCCGGACAAAUGCAUCCAAGGAGCAGAAGUUAUUCUAAUGGGUGAAGCAAAUCAAAGUAAAUCAACUUGGAAUGCUAACAAUGUCACUAGAAAGAAAAGGUCAACUCUUGAGGAACAAAGUUAUUCAUCCAUUGAUACUUUCUAUUUGCAACUUCAUCACAUUCAAAAUGAUAUUGUUGAUGAAAAUGACACAACAUAUCAAGAAGGGGAAGACACUCUCAUCUAUCAAAAGUGGCAAUGUAUUCCGGACAAUGAGAUUGGUUUCGGAGCUACUACCCUUAGUCCGCCAAGUAUUCCUUAAAAACACUGUUGCCCUCUUAAAUAUGCCAAAAUAUAAAUCAUUCCC